AUGCUAAGCGCCGUCGUCUUCGCCGGUCUAGCCCCCAUACUCAGGGCAUCUCCAGUCCCGGACGACGUGCUGAAUAUGCACAAGCUCCUCCGACGGGAUCCUCCCAAGGCCUUGCCUCAAAACGCAUCCGCCCCGGAGGUGAGGUGGCAGCCGACGAUGGACUUUGACAAGGACGGGUGCUACAACACACCGGCCAUCGACGCCGAGGGCAAGAUCAACCCGGGGCUAAACAACAUGUUCACCGGCACCGACACGGGCUGCCGCGACGCCUCGGACCUGGACAACAACAACGUCUACGUUCGGUCGCGCUGCAACAACAACUGGUGUGUCUUUCUGUACGACUACUACUUUGAAAAGGACGUCGCCCUGCCCUACCUGCCCGACGUCGGCCACCGCCACGACUGGGAGCACGUUGCCGUGUUUGUCGAGGGCGGCGACAAGGCACGCCUCGUGGCCGCAUCCGCGCACGGUGGCUACGCCACCCGCAAGGCAGAGGAGGUCAGGUGGGAUGGCGACCACCCCAAGGUCGUGUACCACAAAGACGGCAUCGGCACGCACUGCUUCCGCUUUGGGAACGAGAACGACGAGAAGAAUAUCGAGAACCACAAGGGCAAGUGGUUCUUGGGUCCGCUGGUCUCUUUCAAUGGAUUCCCCAGCACGGAGCUUCGUGAAAAGUUGUUUUCGCAUGAUUUUGGUGCUGCUACCAUCGGGAUCAAGGAUUCGCAGUUCCAGGGCAAUAUCGACAAGGCCAGGGGCAAGGACGGCGCGCCGGGUUUUGACAGCAGUAAAGAUGAUGGCAGCGGUGGCAAGUUGUAG